AUGGCUCCCCUUGUAAACAAAGGCGACACAAUCUAUGUCCCAGCCGAGUUCCUCGGUGGCAACAACGGCAAGAAGCUCACCAUCCACUGGUCACAGAUGCUGAGGUCAAGGAAUGAGGACUAUUGGUUGUGCAAGUACACUGUCGAGUCUGGCGCGGAAAAGAUCUAUGUGCAGGCCAGCAAGCUUGAAGAAUUCAAGCAGAAGAAGAAGGAUGGCAAAGAUUUCACUUUUGUGGUGGAUGACAGUUUCCAAUACGGUCAGGAUAAGGAAAAGACAAAGCGAUUCCUGGUCUUUCAUGACAAAUCCAACAAGCCCUAUCAGCACCGUUUCGUCGAAAAUACCUACACAGAGCUUGGUGGCAAGGCGGCUGAUUUCCUUGAAAGCCUGGGAUUCAAGGAUGCUGGUACCGUUGAGGAUGUGGCGCGGCGCUUUGCUGGCGACGAGCUUCACAACUUCUAA